AUGCCGAAGCAGUCAACUCAGCCCGCGAAACGCGGUCGACCCGCCAAAUCUCAACAACCCGCCCCCGCCGGCACGAAGCGGAAGGCCGCGCAGCAGCCGGCGGGCAAGAAGUCCGGGCCCUUUGAGCUCUCCGACAGCGACGCGGCGUCCCGAGCCGUCGAGGACGAGGAAGAUGCCGAGGAGGCUGCAGAAGAGGACGACGAGCAGGAGGACGCCGACGCUCCCGAGAACACCAUCCCGCCCGAGCUGCUGACGCGGCUGCUGCACGAGUUCUUCGAGAAGGACGACACGAGGCUGAGCAAGGACGCGAACGCGGCGGCGGGCAAGUACAUGGAUAUCUUUGUCAGGGAGGCCAUUGCUCGGUGUGUUCACGAGAGGCCCGGCGGCUUCCUCGAGAGGAAGGAACUGAUCGGCGGUCUAGGUCGAGGACUUGGAAAAGAUUGCGCCACAGCUGCUCAUGGACUUUUGAGCGGCGGGAAAUCCGCCUUUGGCGACCACGGCAUCACGACGAACGGUACCGGAUGA